UUGUCUGCGCAUGACUAGAUCUACAUAUAAUCUGUAUUUCCGGGCAGUUUUUCAUCUGUAUGUCAACAAAAGUUUCGGAAAAACAAAACAAUACAUAUUCUAGCUAGAUCUAGAUCUAUAUCUAGAUUCUAUAGUCUCUUAGAUAUAGAUUUUCUAAUAAAGGUUGUCAUUGAAGGUGAAGAAGUUGUGAAUGAGUUUAGUCAUCAACAUGCCAGCACUUAUAUUGGAACGUCUUCCCUUACCCAGCCUGCAAACAUAUAUUUCAUUUUCUGUGGUGAUGCUGGGUUUGGCCUCAUUCUAUGCCCAUCAAACUGUCAACACCAUUCUGAACUUUAACCCAGACAAUCAGAUUCAGGAAGAACUUGGCUUACCACAAGAACUGGUCAACAUAACAUUGCCUUACGAUAGAGAUGAGCAUUUCCUGAAUAUGGUCUAUAUAAUGAGGGUUGAAACCUGGUGUAUCUGGACUCUUGUAAAUAGUUGCUACUGCUUACUAAUUCUGUUUGGUAAACUAAUUCAAAAUGUAGUCUUUGGAGAGCUGAGGGUUAUUGAAAAACAGCAUUUAAAGGACAAGUUUUGGAAUUUCAUCUUUUAUAAGUUCAUUUUCAUCUUCGGAGUUAUGAAUGUUCAAAGCAUGGAGGAGGUAGUUCUGUGGCUAGCCUGGUUUUCUGGAUUGGGCUUCCUGCACCUUCUCACACAAUUGUGUAAGGACAGGUUUGAAUAUUUAUCCUUCUCUCCUGCUACACCCCGCUAUGCACAUGUUAAACUACUCUCUCUCUUGUUGGUCAUUCUGUUGACAAGUGGAGUAGUUUUGGUUGGAUGUUUCUGGGUUGGAAUAAACAUCAGCUUGACUAUAUUUGCUUUCCUGGCUGCUGAGAGUUUGUUGUUGAUACUGAAGUGUUUGUAUGUUGUAGUAAGGUAUAUCAUCCAACUGUGGGACAUGAGCCUAGAAGGUGUUUGGGAAUCCAGGGCCAUGUAUGUCUACUAUACUGAGUUGAUCUUUGAACUUGUCUCUCUCUCAGUUGACUUCAGUCAUCACCUGCACAUGCUGUUAUAUGGAAACAUCUUUCUCAGCAUGGCCAGUCUAGUCAUUUGUAUGCAGCUCAGGUUUUUAUUUUACGAGUUCCAGCGACGUGUCAAAAAACAUAAGAAUUAUUUAAAGGUUGUCAAAGAAAUGGAGUCGAAGUUUUCUAUGGCCACUCAAGAAGACCUGGAACAGAAUUCCGAUGAUUGUGCAAUAUGCUGGGAAAAGAUGGAAUCUGCCAGGAAACUGCCAUGUGGACAUCUUUUUCACAAUUCAUGUCUACGGUCAUGGUUAGAGCAGGACUCCUCUUGUCCAACAUGCCGCACAAGGCUUAGUGAAACUACAGAGAGGGAUGGCAGGAACCCAGGGGCUCCAGGAGUACCCAACAUGGCCGAAGGCAUAGUGGCCCCAGUGAACCCGGCUACCACCAAUCACUUCUUUCACUUUGAUGGUUCAAGGUAUGUUAGUUGGUUACCCAGCUUUUCAGUGGAAGUAACCCAUACUAAUUUGUUACCUGGUCAACAAGCACAUGCUACACAAACAUCACAGCUGGACAAUAUGGCCCGUGAAGUUCAAGCUGUGUUCCCACAUAUUCCACAACAAGUCAUCAUGGAAGAUUUGCGAUUAACAAGAUCUGUGGAUCUCACAAUAGAUAAUAUUUUAGAAGGCAGAAUUACUGUGCCACCUCUUGCUAUCACAGGUUCAGGACAUCAAAGAAAUGAUAGUCACAGUAGUAUCAGUGGCUCCUCUACAACAUCUGAGGUGAGUAGUUUAGCAAGUGACAGUCCUAGGGUGAAUAAUAUUCCUUUGAACAACUUAGAUAACAGUUUACAGUUGACUGAAGGAUCUUCAGAGAGAAUUAGACAGUCAGAAAAUCAAGAGAACAGUUACACAACAACUGGAGGCAGGUUUUCUAAAUCAGCCACAGAGAGAAUGAGCAUGCUGGAAAGUCGCAAGCACUUAAUGUUAGAGCAGGCUAGAAGGCGGUAUCAAGAGAUGCAUGAGAAUCAAGAGGGAGCCAGUAGCAGUUCUGUAGACCCACCCUUGAUAUACACAACCAGUGAACAUCUGAGACAAAUUCACUCUGAAUCCUCUACCUUGUCAACUCAGGAAGACGAGCUAUCCAGGAGAAGGGCUUUGCUAUUACAAGCAACUCAGCGGCGCUUGGAAAGACAAACUGAUUAGCCAUUCCCUUUAUUCUUCAACUGCUAGUCACAAGCUUGGUGCUGUUAAGUUAAAUCUGCAAGUUGCCUCGAGUAACAGUUCAUUAGGCACACAUCAACUACCUUCUUGACUGUUGAAUGAAUUGAAUGAAUCUUUGACAUAACUUUGUAUGUUAUACAGCAUAAAGUAGUUUGUCAGUACUUGAUCUGCCCCAGAAGUGUGACUAAAUUUAGCUCUAUAUUUAUAUAUAUGAAUUUAAGUUUACUUGUCCCUGAAACUGUGUGUUGAUGAUAUUUCAAUACUUACACAUUUGUACUCAACCAAUUAUCAAUGAGUAUUAUAUGAAUAUGUUUGGAAAUAUGUACUUUUCAUAAGGCACUUUUCAAAAUUAUAAGCUUAGAGAUUUCAUAAUACUGUGUUGCGUAUAUUUCACAUUAUACUAAGACUGUUGAGCCAUGUAGUACAUUUGUCUCAAAACCUAUCACUUUAUGAUACCCUUGCCUACCAACCAUUAAAUUUCCAUUCCUCUGAACCUUUCAGGUUUCUAUUAUUCCAAUUUUCAUUUUUGUAUUGCAUAAACACAAAGCAUGUGUGUGUCACUGUGACAAGGAUUAUUUUAAUCUAUGGAAACAUGUGUCAGGCUGAUAGAUUGUUUGAAAUAUGGUUUCCCCCCAUGUUGAGAAGUUAUAGCCGUCUUUUCACUUAAAACUACUUUGUGAUGGAGUUGUAACUAAGGCAUUUUUUUAGGCGACUCUAGUGGAUGAUUAUAAUGUUGUUGUUUUUUUAUUAUUUACUCAAGACUGAAUAUCUGACCACAGGGGUUAUCUGUAAUCAUUUAGAAAGUGAAUAGGUCAUCCUAUCAAAAUAAUUCUCACAUUUUGUUUUCAAUUUCAUUUUUAUCACUGCACAUUUACAAACUGUUUUAAGAAAUAUAUUUUGCUUCCCAUUGACAUCUUCCUUUGCACAUAGAAUGGUUCUUUAGUACCUGUUGACUUGAACAAAAUAUAAUUAUUAUAAGUCUGUAAGAGAAGUUUCAAAAUAAAUAUUUAUAGACUUGGUUGUUAUUGAUAUUUAAUUGUUAUUACUUGAGUACUGGUAUGUGUAUGUUUUAUUGCCAGGAUUUCAUUGGAGAAUUUGACAUAUAAUUUAAAGUUUGAAACAGUAAAAGAUAUUUUUAACUUUUGAAAUUAAAAAAAAAACAAUCUUAAUUAAUGUAAAAAAAAGAUACUCUUUAUGUGCAUAGCAUCAAUCUGGCAUAAUUUUUCAGGACAUUGUACAUUACUUCAUUAAAAUAAAUGAGUCAAUCUACUAAUUACUUUUAGCUAGUAAAUGUCUUAUUUAAACAAAAAUUAAAUCAACUUGGUUUUCCUUUUGAUGUUCUAUUCUAUUGUUACAAGUUUUUUAGUUAACUCUAUCUGCACUUCUGAGUUUCACCAGAACAUUUUCUUGGUCAUGGACUUGUUUUUCAAACUCUUUGUUUUAAAGGCAUACUGAUUUUUUUUUAUUUAUAGAAACAAAACAAAAAACACUUCUAAUAUCAUCUCCUGUUUAGCAGCUUGAAGCCAGUACUUGCCUAAUGAAAUACCAACUGAAGUAAUUAAUUCACACUUGACUCUACUCUAGGUCAUUAUUAAGUUGCUGACUUUAUUUAAGCUUAACCAUAUUUAAAAAAACAACAACAAUUAUUAAAUGAUAGUUUUACCAUUAUUCAAAUUCAGUUUGUAUUUAUAAUUUAUUUCAGCAUUUUCUGUAAUUUAUAAAAGACACAAUGAAGUGACCUUUAUUCACCUUUUUUAGUUUUUACUUUCAUUUUUUUGUGAUUUAGUUGAUACAGAGAUCUAUACUUAGGAUGUCAUUGUACAUAAUAAAUUACGAGUACUUGUAAUGUUUAAAGGGCAUAUCCUGAAAAAAAUAUCACUUAGCAGUUGCCAAUGUAUUCCAUUUAUCUUUUGGACAGCACUUUGCUCAUAUUUAAAACAAGUUUAUUAUUUGUCUAGAAAAUAAUUCCUCAAUUUCAAUUCUGUGGAUACUGUUCUUAGACUAAAUCUAGAAAAAGACAUUGGAAAGAAGUUUAGAAAAUCUGAUGUUUCAUUAGCCUAGAAUCUUAUUGAAAUUUAUUUUUGUUGCCUAUAUAUAGAAUCUGUUUUUCCUUUGUAUACUUACUUGCCUCUCUGAAAUAUUCCAGAUGAUCAAUUUGUUUACCUUACCUGUAAAUAAAUAUACAUAUAUAUUUAUUUUAUUACAUUUCAAAAUAUUAUUUUGUGAGAUAUUCAAGUGUUGAUUGUUAUGAAUAACAUCUUGUUCUAAUAAUUGUUUGUCUCCUUCCCCGCCCUCUCCAUCCCUCCAAUGAUCUGUGUGGAGUUAUAGUAAAAAAAAACAAAAUCUGAUUUUAGUAAUAUUUGGUUAUUUCUGAUCUGUAACUUAAAUAGAGGCAAUAUUUUGCAUUUAAAGUUACCUAAUACUACAAAAUAAGCAUUCUUGUGUAAAGAUUUUUUUCCUUAACCACUAGAGUAUCUUUCUAAGUAUGAUUUUAUAUCUGUAUCUGGAAAGUUUUUAAUUUUUGACAAACCGAUUUUGUAUAAAAAUACAGUCAAAUGUUAGUGUAUUGUUCAACAUGAAACUGGUUUGACUAAUUUAUCAGAUUUUUGGUUGAUAAAUGCAACUGCCUAUGCUUAGCUGAGACUGACAUUUUUAAAAACAAGUUGGUUUCCAAUAAUGUAGUUGUUACAUUAUGGAUUGGUUGUAUUCAUUAUUGUUCUUACAAUAUUAACUCAUUUUCAAUCUGGGUGUUUGAAACUUUCCUCAAAAUUAGUGAUAUAUUUGUUGUCAUUCACAUUGUGAUAGCUUAUUUUUAUGUGAUGGUCUCUUUCUAUUUUGACUGGCAUUUAGUAUAGAACAACUAAAAAAAAAACUUUUUUUUUUGUUUCAUUUCUGAUGGUGUUCAACAACUGUAAUAAAUGGCUAAAAUUGUUCAUUAGGUACCAUCUUUUUAAUUUCUAAAGGGCAAAAAUUACUUUGUACAGCUUAUUAUCCAUUAGGUUAUGGUAUAUAUGGCCAAUUUUAAUUUUUUAAAAUUUGUCAUAUUUUUCAUCAGGCUUAUUAUAAUUUAAAAUCGAUGAAAGGUCUUCAGAUGUGAAAAACUAUGUUCAUAGUAUAUACUGCAUAGAUUUGUUUUGAAAGAAUAUUAUAUAUUUUUUUCCCCAAGCUAUACCAAACAUUAAUUAGGAUGGCAGUGGAUUAAACUUUUAAAUACUGGUAACAAGUGGAAAUUAAAAUGCACAAAUUCCAAUGUAAUUCUUUUCAUAGAAAAGGGUUUCAGCAUUUUGUGUGUGAACUUUGACCAUCCUACUUUGCUAUUUAACUGAAUAUAUUGACCAAUAGUAGUAAAAACAUUAGCAAAGAGAUAAGCUUAAGUAAUGUAUUUAUGUAAAAAUUCUAAGUAAACUUUAGAUCUAGUAUAUAAUAGUAUUUAGUUGUACAUAUGGACAAUACAUUUGCCAUAUCUG